AGUUCCAGACGUCACUGUCUGGUACGGGCCGCGCAAAAAUAUUCUGAGAAGACGGGAAAAAAGGAACCACAGCGCUAACUUCCAAAACACCGAUCUACUAAACAGUGAGCUGAUCGUCUGCAACCCUCCAUGAUGAGGGAGAUACUUGUGUUGUUUCUGAUACUUGCUGGCAGCAGCGAUGCCGUGGUGAAACGUUGGAUCAAGUACUCGGACUACAAUGAUGCAGACAACUGGGGAGGGUUGAACAGAACACCUUGUCCUACUGACACCAUCAACUUAGGAGCCAUGCAGCCCGUAUCAGUAUACAUCCAGUCCAACCUGACCAUCACAGAGUUGGCACUUCCUAUGACUGGUGAGAUAAUCCUUGGCCCUAACGUCAUCCUGGACUUCCCCGCCAAUCCUGCCAACAUAGACCCAUCUUGUCAAGGUGCCACUCCAGGUCAGCUUGCAGAGUUCCAGGUGCAGACCCAGGAGUGGUUCAACCUUAACAACUGGGAGGUGUACGGUUCCCUGGCUGAUGCCCAGCAGGGUGAUGUGUCUAAGGAGGUUGGUGUGCUGGACAUUGAGAAGAUCCCCUGCAGCAGUGGCGGGGACACCACAGGGAGCUACAUACGGGAUGAAGUUCUGUUUCCUGAGAACCACUCCUUCAGGGUCAACAUGGGAACACAGCCGCUCAGCCUGCAGAGGCUCAACUUUGCUGGGAAGGUAUACACAUCCACAAAUCCAUUCAGUGACUUCCUGAACACUGUCAGUGGAAAGUCUCAGCUCAACCCAGGAGCGGACAGGCCUACUGUGAACAUUGGAGGCUCCUGUACUGAUGUCACAGGAUGUGCCUGUGGGAAUGACGCAAUGAAGACUGUGAUCUGUGCUGCAGUUCAAUGUCAAGAUCGAGGUCUACAGUGUGACAAUCCCCCUACCCCACAGGGACACUGCUGUGGCGUAUGUGGGGCUGUCCUGACCAUUGGGUAUGGAGACAACUUCAACUUCCAAAACUUGGAGAGCUACAUCCGAACACAGUAUCUGCAACAGGACAAAUAUCAAGGCGUGAGAACGAUCCUAUCCAAGUCUGCGGUGUCGCGAGCAGGACAAGUGCAGCUUGUGCUUCAGGAUAACGCCCCAGGCACACAGAAUGGGCAGACUGCUGCUGCCAUGGCACAGGAGGUCAGGGACACCUUACCAGCAGCUGGCCUGGGGAUAACUGCUGUUGAUGUACAGGCCUCUACAAAGGGAUCAGGACCAUCUGGACAGACAGGUGGCCGUAUGGCUGGAGGAACAAUAGCAGGGAUAGUCAUUGCAGUCAUCAUUGUCCUCCUUAUCAUUGUCCUGGUAGCCUUCUUCGUCAGACGUAGGAGCACCCCACUGGAACUGAGUCUACCAAAGAUGCCGAAAAUGCCCAAGAUGCCGGCCUUCAAUGGGAAGAAGACUCUCACCAACGAGUUUGAGAUGGGUGGAGCCACCUUCUCCAACCCGAACUUCGACCCCAACAGCCCUGACCACUUCAGCCUGAGCUACAGCGGGGUGGAAGAUCUGGGCAGCAGCAAGGGCUUCAACAACCCCAUGUACGACAACCCUGUGGAGGAUAACCCCAUGUACAGUGACACCAGCCUGUCAGGUACCAUGGACCCGGCCUCCGUCACCACCACCCCACCCACCACUCCUGACGGGGACACCAGGGACGGGGGCAUCGAGAACCCCAUAUAUGGGGUGGACAACCUCCAGGAGGUGGUGAUGGAUGCGGAAUGCUGAAACAGCCCCUCAGUCCUGAACCAAGCAGUGCUCACCUUUAAUCAACCAUGCUUACAUAUUCUGAGAAAAUUUUGUACGCUUUUGUAAAAGUGUAACGUUAUGCCGUCAUGUGCAAUGUAUGCACCCACCUUAACACAGCAUGAAGGGUAUGUAGUUUAUCAAGCCACAAAUUUAUCUUAGUAAGCACAUGUGUGUACCUACUGGCCAGAAGACCACAGAAAAUAAGGCUAACUACAUCUUGUAUUACCUCGAUUGAGGUUUGACAUUCAAUAAGAUACGCCAAAUACCAGUA